UUCCCAACCCCCCCAUCUCGCAGGAGGCUGACCAAAGCCCCGCCCAUCCCCCAGACAUCUUGGAGCCGGGGGAGGUGUGAAUGGCCUCCUUUGUGCCUCUGAAUUGAAGGCCAUUAGGUGCUUCUUAUCUGGGGGGGAUUUGAGCCAUCUCUGCAAACCUGCCUCCCACCCCCUCCUCCCUCUGAGCUUAUAAAUGCAGCCCAGCCCUGUGCUCCGCCCGGCCCACCCAACCAGCAGGCCCUGACCAGCCCUCAGCUGACCCUGCGCCCAGCCCCCACCGUCUACCCUGCGGAGGACCCCCGCUCCCAGCCCCUGCCAUCUAUCCCCGGGCGGAUCCUGAGCAAGGCCGUCUGUCCGGCCAUGCCUCCCUCCUCCCCCGUGCCCAGCGGCUGCAAGCCGACCUCCAGCUUUGGCUCGGUGGACUGGCUGUCUCAGAGCAGCCACGUGGAGCGGUCGCACACCUCCAGGCCUGCCGAGGACUCCCAGGAGAAUUUCUCUGCCCAAGCCAGGGGGUCCAGCCGUGGGGAGCCACCUCAGACCCAGGGCGAGGAGGAGGUGAAGUUCUCAGAAGUGUCUGCACCAGGGACGCCCACAGCCGGAUUGAGCAAGGAGCCAGACACCACGCGGGCUCCCCGCGUGCGCACGGCCUUCACGGUGGAGCAGGUCAGCACCUUGGAGAGCUCCUUCCAGCACCGGCGCUACCUGGGCCCCCUGGAACGCAGGAGGCUGGCCCGGGAGAUGCGGCUCUCGGAGGUGCAGAUAAAAACCUGGUUUCAGAAUCGCCGAAUGAAGCACAAACGACAACUGCAGGACUCACAGCUGAAGGUCCCCUUCUCCGGAGCUCUCUACACACCGCUGGCUUCCUGCCCACCACCUUCUGCCCUGGGCGACAGCCUGCAGCUUCUGUACCCUUGGGCAUCCCUGCCUGGGCCUCCUGCUCUGGUACAGCCCCCUGGCUUCUUCUGGGGUCCCUGCCAAAUGGAACAAGCCUCCCUGCCCUCAGCGUGGGCCUCGUGCAGCGGACAGCCUCUGACAUGCUGCCUCCCAGACCCUGGGGGCCAGGUGCACAUGCUGGGCCUGGCCUUGUCCUGGGGACCUUGGGGCCUGUGCGCCUUGCCAGACAUCGGGGAUGCCUUUUGAGGAAUUGUGGCAGCCCAGAGCCUGCAGCUGGAGUGUGUUGACACCUUGCCAUCCCACACACAGUAGGUGUGCAUGGAGCUGUGCCCUGGCGUGGGCCUCCUGCCCAUCCACACGUGGGGCCUGGAACCCUGACCCGCCUUAAGAUUCUGGAGGGUGUGCAGUUGAGGAUGUUUUAAAGCCGCUCCUUCACUGGAAACUAGCAAAGGGCAGCUCAGGAAGCAGGUAAAGGGUCAAUGAAUAGAACCCCCAAAGGUGAAAGUGGGCUCGCUUUUAGCAAAUGAUAAAAGGUUAAUUUAUUCAAUUUGAGGUGUUGGAAAAUCUGGUUUUCCAGUUGAAAACAAUAAAGGUGGGUCCUUUUUUGUGCUCCA